AUGUCCAACUCCCCACAGCCCACACCCUGCCCCACGCAUGUCCAACUCCACACAGCCCCACACCCUGCCCACUCAUGUCCAACUCCCCACAGCCCACACCCUGCCCCACGCAUGUCUAACCACCCACAGCCCCACACCCUGCCCCCUCAUGUCCAACUCCCCACACAGCCCACCCCUGCCCCCUCAUGUCCAACUCCCCACAGCCCCAACCUGCCCCACGCAUGUCUAACCACCCACAGCCCCAUACCCUGCCCCCUAAUGUCCAACUCCCCACAGCCCACACCCUGCCCCACGCAUGUCCAACUCCACACAGCCCCACACCCUGCCCACUCAUGUCCAACUCCCCACAGCCCACACCCUGCCCCACGCAUGUCUAACCACCCACAGCCCCACACCCUGCCCCCUCAUGUCCAACUCCCCACAGCCCACACCCUGCCCCCUCAUGUCCAACUCCCCACAGCCCACAACCUGCCCCACGCAUGUCUAACCACCCACAGCCCCAUACCCUGCCCCCUAAUGUCCAACUCCCCACAGCCCACAACCUGCCCCACGCAUGCCCAACUCCCCAAAACCCACAGCUCCCCAGCCUACCCCACACAUCCUACCUCACACAUGUCUAACAACCCACUGCCCCUCUACGUACCCUACACGUCAAACUAA